AUGUCCCUCGAAUACGAGGAUGAAAGUGAAGAGGAUAGUCUUGUCCUUGCUAAGGGCCUCAUUUUGACGACCGGAAGAAAUACCUAUAUUGUGCAAAACCUUCUCGCUGAGGGAACGUUUGGAGCUAUCUAUAAGGUGGCAGAAAAACAGCGUCCCUCAGAUAUUCGCGCUAUGAAGAUAGAGAAAAAUAUAGAAGAUAGAACCAGAUCAAAACUAAGGACCGAGAUUAUGAUUUUACAAAGGCUUGGCGGUAAGACUCAUUUUCCUAUCCUGUUCGACACUGGCACUCAAGAAACAUUCACUUUUUUGAUAAUGGAAUUGUUGGGCAAGAAUUUAGCGGAUCUGAAGAAAGUGCGACCUCAUGAGGUAUUUUCUCUUGCGACGGGACUAAGCGUAAGUUGUCAGUGCCUCGAGGCUUGUCGAGAGUUGCACUAUGCCGGUUAUGUCCAUCGUGACGUCAAGCCAGCCAAUUUUGUCUGUGGACGUGGAAAGAAAUUAAGGACGAUUUACAUGCUGGAUUUCGGCAUAUCAAAGAAGCUCGUUCCAGUAAGCAAAGAGGAUUUAUCACAAGGCCGGCGGUUCAGGGGCACCAUCCGUUAUGCGUCUAUUCCAUGUCACAUGUGCGAGGAGCUUGGCCCACGUGAUGACUGCGAAUCAUGGCUGUACAUGAUGGUCGACCUCCUAUCCCCACUUAGCGUGCCAUGGAGAAAUGCGGGACACAGAAAUGUUGUUUUGAGAAUCAAACAAGAAGUACGUCGUGAUAAAAGGGAUCUCUUUGUUUGCGGUAUAAAAUGUAAGAAAAGCAUACUUGCAAUAAUGGAUUAUAUUGAUACACUGAAACGCAUGACUCCAGUCGAUUACGCAUUCAUGCUUGAAGCGAUCGAGAAGGAUGCCAGACGACUAAAGUGCAAUCUCACUGCGCCUUACGAUUGGGAAACGGACUGCCAAAACGAAUCACGGAAAUCACGGUCGACCGACAAAACCGCGAACGUUAUUCGAGAGGAAGGGACCCAACAGUCCGAGGAGAGAAUGGAGCUUCUUGGACCAGCUAGCUCCGAGGAAUCGCAGAUGCUAGGAACAAGCACCCAAAAUACCCAAUCCGACUAAAUUCCGCU